AUGCGCCUGCUGCGGGCCCUGCUCUGCCUCUGGCCACUGGCCGGGGCGGCCCUGGCUUCCCGGGUGCGCACCCGCCGGGAGCUAGCCCCCGGCUUGUACGAGCACGGGGUCUACGAUGCUGGCGGGUCCUACUGCCAGCGAGGGGACGUCUGCUGCCACGGCCGCGACGAUGGCUGCACCGUGCCCUACCACGACACCCUCUGCUACUGCGACCUCUUCUGCAACCGCACCAUCUCCGACUGCUGCCCUGACUUCUGGGAGUACUGCCUGGGCAUCCCGGCCCCCUUCCCCAAAGCCCCAGGCUGUGCCCGUGCCGGCCGCAGCUACCCCACCGGAGCCACGUACCGGGAGAACUGCAACCUGUGCACCUGCGGCGCCAGCGGGCAGUGGCAGUGCGAGGACCACGCCUGCCUGAUGGACGGGGAGCUGAUUGACGCCGUCAACAGGGGCAAUUACAGCUGGAGAGCCGCCAACUACAGCCAGUUCUGGGGCAUGACACUGGAGGACGGGAUCCGGUACCGCCUGGGCACAUUCCGGCCCUCUCCCACCGUCAUGAACAUGAACGAGAUGCACAUGAACAUGGACUCCAACGAGGUGCUGCCCCGGCACUUCGACGCAGCUACGAAGUGGCCCGGGAUGAUCCAUGAGCCCCUGGACCAGGGCAACUGCGCCGGUUCCUGGGCCUUCUCCACGGCGGCCGUCGCCUCGGACCGCAUCUCCAUCCACUCCAUGGGACACAUGACGCCCGCCCUGUCGCCCCAGAACCUCCUGUCCUGCGACACCCGCAACCAGCGGGGCUGCAGCGGGGGCCGGCUGGAUGGCGCCUGGUGGUACCUCCGCAGGCGAGGGGUGGUGACGGAUGAGUGCUACCCCUUCACCAGCCAGGAGAGCCAGCCAGCGGCACAGCCCUGCAUGAUGCACAGCCGCUCCACGGGCAGGGGCAAGCGGCAGGCGACGGCCCGCUGCCCCAACCCCCAGACCCACGCCAACGAGAUCUACCAGUCCACCCCCGCCUACCGCCUCUCCUCCAGCGAGAAGGAGAUCAUGAAGGAGCUGCUGGAGAAUGGCCCUGUGCAAGCCAUCCUGGAGGUGCACGAGGAUUUCUUCAUGUACAAGAGUGGGAUCUAUCGGCACACGCCGGUGGCCGAGGGGAAGGGGCCGAAGCACCAGAGACACGGGACCCACUCGGUCAAAAUCACCGGGUGGGGAGAAGAGCAGCUGCCUGAUGGCCAGACCCAAAAAUACUGGACUGCGGCCAACUCCUGGGGCACAGCGUGGGGCGAGGGCGGCCAUUUCCGCAUCGCCCGCGGCGUCAACGAGUGCGAGGUGGAGACCUUCGUGGUGGGCGUCUGGGGCCGCGUCAGCAUGGAGGACAUGCCCCACAAGUGA